GCUUCCGGUUCUGCGUGAUUUCCGGAACGGAUCGGAACCCGGAGUCUGGAUUCGGUUCCCCCCCCCCACCAUACCUGCAGGUUCCCCUCCCCGGAGCAGGUACCGGGUGCAGGUGUGAACAAUGGCACAAGAAGAGAUGGAGGAGUCAGUGUUUAUAUGGUGUGAGGACUGUGGACAGUAUCAUGACUCUGAGUGUCCGGAGCUGGGCCCCGUGGUGACCGUCCAGGACUCGUUUGUGCUGAGCAGAGCGAGGUCGUCGCUUCCCACCAAUCUGGAGAUCAGACACAUAGGAGAUGGCAAAGAGGGGGUGUUUGCAGUCACCCCGCUUGUCAAGCGCACUCAGUUUGGCCCAUUCGAAUGUAAGAGAACUGACAAGCUAGAGAAAAAUCCGGUCUUUCUGCUGAAGGUGUUCCAGAAGGAUGGGCUGGUCGUGUUGUAUGAUACCUCCAGCGAGGAUGAGUGUAACUGGAUGAUGCUGGUCAGACCAGCGUCGGACUUCACCCACCAGAACCUGACGGCGUUCCAGCAGGGUAAUGACAUCUACUUCACUACCUCUCGGGACAUCGCCGCCGGUAUGGAGAUGCGGGUGUGGUACGCAGCCUUCUAUGCAAGGAAGAUGGAGAAGCCUUUGUUAAAGCCUCCUAUGCCGUCUCACAAUGAGGUGGGAUUUCUGACACCUGAGAAAGAAGUCAACCCGACCUCUUCAAAAUCCAACCAGCUUGUCUCGGUGACCUCCAAGAAGAUGAAAAUUAUCCGUCCCCCGGCAGCGUUCACUUCUGUGAGCUGCCAGGAGAACAGCGACAUUAUACACGUGGAGACCUGCGAGUGGGCGUGUAAAGUGUGCAGCACAACCUUCAUGGAGCCCAGUCUGCUAACAGAGCAUUUAUUAAGUCACCUGGAGCAAACAAAAGGGAUUCCCCCCUCCGAAGAAUGUGAUCCCACAUAUGUAGAGGGGGGCACAGUGAUGGCUCCAUCUGAGCAGCCCGUGGACUGCAAUACCCCCGCUGUCGGGGAAGAGCUGAAAAAGAAGCCGAAGAGGAGCCGCAAGUCGAAAGCUGUGAAGCGCGACAUUCCCUUAGUGAUUGUGGAGGAUGAUAGCCCGCCAGCGCACCACCCCAUCCUGUACAGUCCAGUCUUCCCACCAGACCGCGUGGCGGAAAUAAUCACGGAGAUUCCUCCUGACGACGUUCCUCUCCCUCACGAUUCCGAUGACAAGUUCAUGGAACUGAUGUUGGGAAAACUACCGGCCGCCACCAACAGCAACUUAUCACCAGUGUCCAAAUUUGCUUUUCACCAGGGGAACAAUAACAUGAAGAGGCUGCUGUCAGGGCCCCGCCACGGCAUGAAAAGAAAGUUUGUGCGCCAACUCGGAGACCACAAGCGGGUCUUUCAGUGCAAUAUCUGCAGCAAGGUCUUCCGGAACAGCAGCAACCUGAGCCGACAUGUCCGAUCCCACGGGGACAAGCUCUUUAAAUGCGAGGAGUGCGCAAAACUUUUCAGCCGUAAAGAGAGUCUCAAGCAGCACGUGUCGUACAAGCACAGCAGGAACGAGGUCGACGGCGAGUACAGGUACCGCUGCGCCACUUGUGAGAAGGCGUUCAGGGUGGAGGCCUUUCUGGAGUUCCACAACUGCAGGACAGACGACAAGUCGUUCCAGUGUGAGAUGUGCUACCGAUCCUUCUCCACCAACAGCAACCUCUCCAAGCACAAGAAGAAACACGGCGAGAAGAAGUUUGCCUGCGAGAUCUGUAAUAAGCUCUUCUACAGGAGGGAUGUGAUGCUGGAACAUCACCGCAGACAUCUAGAAGUCUCAUUGGCGCCACCUACAGGAGUGAGACGAGUGAAGCGGGAGUCGGCCAUUCAGCAGGCUACGGACAGUUCCAUCAAGUACAAGAAAGAGCCGUCGGCCUGUCCGGUCUGCGGGAAAAUGUUCUCAUGCCGGAGCAACAUGAACAAACACCUCCUCACACACGGAGAUAAAAAAUACACCUGUGAGAUCUGCGGCCGUAGGUUCUUCAGGGUGGAUGUUCUACGAGAUCACAUACACAUUCACUUCAAGGAUAUUGCUUUGAUGAACGACCAGCAGAGGGAAGAGUUCAUUGGGAAGAUUGGCAUUUCUUCUGAAGACAAUGAUGACAACUCAGACGGCAGCGUUGACUCUGAGCCCCACAAGUACAGCUGUAAGAGGUGCCAGAUCUCUUUUGCUCGGGGUAAGGAAUACCUAAAGCACAUUAUGGAUGUCCAUGCUGAGAAUGGCUAUGACUGCAGUAUAUGUCACAGGCAAUUUGCACUCAAGGCAACUUACCACGCACACAUGGUGAUCCAUCGGGAGAAUCUACCGGAUCCCGAGGUGCAGAAGUACAUUCACCCGUGUGAGGUCUGUGGCAGGAUCUUCAAUAGCAUAGGAAACCUGGAAAGACACAAACUCAUACAUUCAGGGGUGAAAAGCCAUGGCUGUGAGCAGUGCGGGAAAUCUUUUGCCAGGAAGGACAUGCUGAAAGAACACAUGAGAGUCCACGACGACAUCCGGGAAUACUUGUGCGCUGAGUGCGGGAAAGGGAUGAAGACGAAGCACGCUCUGCGGCAUCACAUGAAGCUGCACAAGGGGAUUAAAGAGUACGAGUGCCUCGAGUGCCACCGCAAGUUUGCACAGAAGGUGAACAUGCUGAAGCAUUACAAGCGGCACACAGGUGAGAAUGGUAUGAAGGACUUCAUGUGCGAGCUGUGCGGGAAAACGUUCAGUGAGAAGAACACAAUGGAGACCCAUAAACUGGUGCAUACUGUGGGGAAGAAGUGGACCUGCAUGGUGUGUGAUAAGAAGUACGUCACGGAGUACAUGCUCCAGAAGCACAUCCAGCUCACACACGACAAGGUGGAGGCUCAGAGCUGCAAUCUCUGCGGAACCAAGGUCUCCACCCGGGCGUCCAUGAGCCGCCACCUGAGGCGCAAGCACCCCGAGGUCCUUUCUUUGCGGAUAGAAGAUUUGAACGAUCUAGAAGAGCAGGCCUCCAUUGACGAAACCUCAGUCGUUCAGCCAGUGUUAGAUGAAGAGGACGAAGAAGAAAUGCCAAGGAGUAAACCGCUACGGCUGGUGACCGCUCACACACAGCAUGUCAAGGCCAGAGGCGGGGUGGAGGAGCCAGUGCACGGGGACUCCCAGUUUACACAGUAUGGUAACAAGGAGGUGGAAUUCAGCAGUGGCAAUGGAGAGGACGGCUCCGCCGUAGAGACCCUGCAACAGGUUGUGGUGAUGAUCAGCGACGGAAAUGUCUCCGUCCCAUCGUGCACCGUGGGAUUAACCAACAUAACGGUCACUCCUAUCACCACCACGGCAGGGGCACAGUUUGCCAGCUUGCAGCCAGUGGCGGUGGGCCACUUGACGGCUCCUGACCGCCAGCUCCAGCUCGACAGCUCCAUAUUGACUGUGACCUUCGACGCCGUGAGCGACAGCGCCGUGCUUCACAACCGGCCAGCCGAGCUGGCAAUAACGGCAGCGCCGGAAGCUGCCGGGCCUCAUCCCGUCGCCCACUUCAUCAACCUCACCACCUUCGUGAACUCCAUUGCACCGCUGGGAGGGCAGAUCGCGACCGAGGGACCUCUGACGUGGAGGGCGGUACCUGUGGGGGAAACUCCGCCUCCAACGGAGGAAGAACCGGCCUCGGAGCAAACGGACCAGGAGCCGCACACUUCUCCCGCACAGACCGGACAAGCGGGUGAAGCGGACUCACAAGAACAGAUGUACAGUUACUAAGCUAUCAAUUAGUCGCCGACUAAGCUAUGAACUGGACUAACGGUUAAUUAAUAAUCAGACUUUUUUUUUUUUUUUUUGCCUGAUGACAUCAUGAGAUUGUGGAAAUCAAGAGGUCGAGACGACCAUGAAAUAAAUCUCAGUAUUAAAUUUAAUGACGUUUAAAGGACAUUUCCCCUUUAAAAAUAAAAAAAAUAAACAUAUAAAAAUCUCCAGUGACCACCAGUAUGGAAGAUGUAAUGGUAUACAUAUCGUUUGUCACCCAGCUUUCCCAGACUCCUGCUCGAAUGGUAUUACAGGAUUG